AUGUCAAAUAAUUUCAAUAAAAGCACAUCGGAGAUCAUAAUUGCUUAUAUAGAACAAUUGUAAUCAUUUCAUUUUAUAAUUAAAGUUAAGAAUUACAAUUAUUAGAUGCUCAAAGAGAAAUUUCAAAGUUAGAAGAAGAGAUCAUUUAAAGACGUAAAAGAUUAUUAAUGAAUGAUGACAACCACAUCAUAAAAGUUAAAUAAGAUAAAAAUACAAAUGUUACAACUCUUUUGAAUAUGGUAAUAUUAUCUAAAAAUGGUAGAAUGAGCAUUACAUUUCGUUGGAUGAAUUACAAAUAAAACUAUAGACUUCAAUAGAAAGAGGGUUAAAUAGCGAUCAAAUAGAAGAAAAAUAAAAGUAAUUUGGAAAAAACAUAUUGGCCUAAAAAUAGAAAUCUCCAUGGUAUUUAUAGUUACUGCACCAGAUGACCAACGUUUUUUCAUUAUUAUUGUGGGGAGCAGCUGCCUUAUGUUUCUUAGCCUAUGGUUUAUCUCCAGAUGACCCAUCUUAAGUAUUUAGGAAAUUUAUAUUAGCUUUAUUUAGGAAUUGUUUUAGUUGGUGUCAUAGUAAUAAUAACACUUUUAACUUAUUUUUAAAAUAGAAAGUCAGAAGCAAUCAUGGCUGGAUUUUCAAAUUUUAUUCCUCCAGAAGCUAUAGUUAUAAGAGAUGGAUAGUAAUUGAAAAUACCAGCCAUAGAAUUGGUGCCUGGAGAUGUAGUAAUAAUUGAUUUAGGAAAAAAAAUACCUGCUGAUAUUAGAAUAGUGGAAAGCAAUUAAAUGAAAGUUGACAACUCAUGCUUAACAGGAGAAUCAAUUCCUCUUCUUCGUACAAUAGAUUGUACUCAUAAAGAAAAUCCUUUAGAGACAAAGAAUCUUGCAUUUUUUGGAACUCUUUGUAAAGAAGUAGAAUCUAAAUUUUAAUUUUUAGGGUAAUGGUAAAGGAGUGGUGAUAUAAACAGGAGACAAGACUGUAAUCGGAUAAAUAGCAGGAUUAGUUUCUAAUUCAAACAUAGAAGAAACACCUUUAAAGAAAGAGCUGAACUAAUUUACAAUUUAUAUUGCUCGUAUAGCUUUAACCAUAGGAAUUUUAUUUUUUGUUUUGGGUUUUUCAGUUGGUUAUCGUAUCAAAUAUUUUUAUAAAUAGCUGCUAUUUAAAAUUUAAUUUUUGCGAUAGGAAUAAUUUCUGCAAUAGUUCCAGAAGGGUUAUUAGCCACAGUAGUUGUAGCAUUAGCAAUAACAGCAAAAAAAUUGGCUAGUCUUAAAGUUCUUGUUAAAAAUUUAGAAGGGGUUGAAACUCUUGGGUCUACUUCUUGCAUUUGUACUGAUAAAACAGGUACUUUAACUUAAAAUAAAAUGACUGUUGAAAAUUUGUGGUAUAAUGGAAAGUAAGUGAAAGGGAUUAACAAAGAAAGAUUUGGAGUUUCCUUUAAUUAUGAAUAUUAAUCUGGAGAGUAGUGUUUCGAUUUGUUGCAUGAAAGUGCAAUUUUGUGCUCAGAAGCCACCUUUGAUGCUUCAAUUCCUUAAAAUAUUUCUAUGAAGAUAAUGAACGAAAUUGGAUUAUCUUAAGAAUAAAAAGCAAUCAAAUUAGAAGAAGCAAAGAUUAAAUGGCAAAAUAACUUCUAGAGGUUAAGUUGUUAAGAAAAGCCUACAAUUGGAGAUGCUUCAGAAACUGCUCUCAUUAAAUUUUUUUAGCCAAUAAAUGAUAUUUUAAAAACUAGGUUGAAAUACUAAGUAGCAAAUGGUAAAAACAAUUAACAGGCAAGAAAACCCUUUAAUUCAACAAACAAAUACUCUAUGGUUAUAAUUGAAUAGGAUUUGGAGGAUUCCUAUUAUUGCCUAUUGACAAAAGGAGCACCUGAAAGAAUUUGGAAGAUGUGCAAUUGGAUUUAAAAUCAAGAAAAAGUUGAAGAAAUUAAUGAUGAUUGGAAUCAUUAAUUCAAUGAAAUUAAUAAUAAAUUUUGCAGACAAGGCGAAAGAGUUUUGGGAUUUUGUAGAUUAAAUUUACCAAAAUCUGAAUAUCCAAAAGGUUAUUCAUUUGAUAUGGACAAUUAUAAUUUUCCAUUCGAAUAACAAAUAUUUAUAGGUUUGAUAUCCUUAAUUGAUCCUCCUAAAGAAUCUGUUCCAGUGGCUAUUUAAAAGUGUAAAUCAGCAAAUAUUUAAGUUAUAAUGGUCACAGGAGAUCAAUCGGUAACAGCAGCAGCAAUAGCAAAGCAAUGUAACAUAAUAACAGAAAAAACUGUUAAUGAAAUCAUGGAAGAAAAAUAAAUGAUAAUGGAAGAUGCUAUCCAUCUAUCAAAUGCAUUAGUAAUUCAUGGUGAUUUGUUAACUAAAAUGGCGCUUGAUGAUGAAGGAUUACCAGAAAGUGAAAAAGGGAAGCCUCUUUAAGAAUGGUUAUGCAAACCACAAUUAGUAUUUGCAAGAACAAGUCCAGCUUAAAAAUUGAUCAUAGUGACUGCUUGUUAAAAGAGAGGUCAUAUUGUUGCUGUAACAGGGGAUGGUGUAAAUGAUUCACCUGCAAUAAAAAAAGCUGAUAUUGGCAUUGCUAUGGGUUUAACAGGAUCAGACGUGGCUAAAGAUGCAGCAGAUAUGAUACUCUUGAAUGAUGAUUUCUCUAAUAUUGUUGUGGGAAUUUAAGAAGGUAGGAGAAUAUUUGAUAAUUUUAAAAAAGUAAUUGCAUAUGCAUUAACUGCCAACACUGCUGAAUUAAUACCUUUUUUAGCUUUUAUAAUUUUUCGAGUUCCAUUGCCUUUAACAACUGUUCUGGUUUUAUGUGUCUAAAUUGGUACAGACAUAUUUCCAUCAAUGGUAUUUGUUUUUGAAGAGGCUGAUUUGGACAUUAUGACUCGAAGACCUAGGAAUAAAAAUGAACAUUUAGUCAGUAGUUAAUUAAUAAUAUAUGCGUACGCUUAAAAUGGAGUAUUAGAAACAUGUUGUGGGUUUUUUUAAUGGUAUGUUUGCUUUAAUGAUUUUGGAUUCACUCCUUAAUCUCUCCUUUUUCUUCUUAAUAAAUAAGGAGUUAUUCCUAAAUAUAAUGAUAUUUAUGAUCCAAGAGAUCCAUGGUUUGGAAAUUCUAAUUUAAGAGAACUGUAUCCAAAUGGGGUAUGUGAAGGUACUCAUUUAAGGGGAUCUUAAGAUAUUGAUUGGAUAUAUGCGAAACACGGGGCUUACGAUUUAAGAAUGACUCUAUUGAAAUGUGAAAAUAGAAAGAUAGUUUCUAGUAUAGAAUGGGGUCAAUGCAAUAUUGAGAUGAUUUCACCUGUUACAAAUAAACCAUAUUGUUAUCAUACUGAAGCGUCAAGCUAUGCAUAAACUUCAUUUUUUUUUGGUGUAGUUUUAGGAUAGAUAUGUAAUUAUUAAUCUUUAAGAUAACUUAAAAAUUCCUUAAUCUAUAAUGGUAAAUAUGAUUGUAAAUUAUAGGAUUUGAUAAUGUUCAUAUGUAUUUAGCUUACUUUUUGGAGUUGCUCAUCACAUUAAGUCUUUCCUAUGUUGAAGUAUUCAAUGCAAGUUUUGGUACUCGAGACAUAUUAUUUAUUCAUUAUGGUAUCUGUGGUCUUCCCUUUGGUAUUUUGAUAAUCAUUUGGAAUGAAGGACGUAAAUAUUUGGUAUCUAAUUUAUUAAACUUUAGAUUCGAUAUUUUAAAUCAAAGUCCUCAUAUCCUAGCUGGUGGGAAAGAUGUGUGAUUUAUUGAU